GUAAAUGUACGGCUUCAUACAGAGAUGACUUCAAAAUUUUGCAUCGUCCAUUUUAUGGAAGAAGAAACUGUAGAAGUUGUACCGGAUUUCUGGAUUUCGGAAUCAGAUGGAACAUCACAAUGUCACUGGCCCAAUACACCUUUUCCAGGCAAGAAUGUUGUUCAAAGGACAAUUCCUCAUCAAGAUUGGUCAAUCCAUCAGUGCAGAAUUCUCGGCACAUUUGAUGAUUUCAACACAGCUCGUUUGAAUCUAAAAGAUGCAGAAAUUUUGUCGGAUUUUCCGUCAAAAAAUGUACAAAUACCUGACAAACGAUUACAUAAACGUAAUCGCCGAUAUAUUAGUGAUGAUUCAUCGAGUGAUGUAAACACUAAAAAGAAAAAGACAGAUUCCUUGCGUUCGUUCAAGGCUUCCGUACAUUCAGAUAAUGCUUCAAGCAGUUUGUCAAACGACGAAGAAGAAAAUAGACAAAAAAAGUUAAAUGUUCAAAUACCUAAAUCCUUCGAAGAUAAAUACAAACGAAUUCAGAAAGCAACUGCUGCCUGUGAUGCACCGACGAAAAAGAGUGCAACUUCGUCCACAAAGUCACUUUUUUUAUCACCGCAAAAUUAUCGCAAAGUCGUCGAUGAAGGUUCCUCACAAAAUCAUUCGGCCACCGAGGAUUUUAUACAUGUUUCAGAUAAUUCUUUAAGCAAUUCGUCAAACGAUGAAGAAAAAGAAAAUAAAAGGCAAAAAGAGUCAAAAGUUCAAAUAUGUGAAACCUUCGAAAAUAAAUACAAAGCCUUCGAAGGUAAAUACAAUCGACUUAAGAAGAAAAUUAUUCUUACUCCAUGUGAAGCAUCGACAAAAAAGAGUGCAACUUCGUCCAUAAAGUCAUCUUUUUCAUCACCGCAAAAUUAUCGCAAAGAUAUCGAUAAAGAUGAUGCUCGUCCAGGAUGCAGUACAUGGGAUAAUACUCUUCAAAGAGAACAACGAGCGAAGUCGUCAAAUAAUAAAGUAAAAUCCCAGAUGUCAAUAUAUACCGGUGAAACUGAAUUUGAAAAACGAGUUAUUCGUGACUUAACACGAAUAAAACAUGAUGUCAAAGAAAUUCGUGAUAUAACUGAACUAAUAUACGAAGAAAAGUUACGCAAUGAACCAGAUGUUUCUCAAAGAAAUGUCUUGAACGCGAGACAGGAAGAAUUGGAAAACUUUUUACCAGUUUUUCCAUUGAAAACGCUAAAUGAUUGGCAUGAAUUUGAGACAUUAUUGUCAAACAACGCUGCUGCGCGUGAACAGCUUGAGAAAAUGUUUUCCACUCGUGGGGGAAAAAAUGGUGCUGAGCGUAUUCGACGAAUAUUACGAGCCGUGUUUUCGCCUUGUGUAGCAACAAAAAUAUCCUGGCAAGGACUCAAAAAGAAUGAAAAGUUCAACGGAACUUUCGUUUCACGUGCAUUAUUUAUUUCUGCAAAGCAGCAUUUCAAUAUUGACGAUAGGAAUGUGGAGUUAACCAUAAUUAACUGGUUCCGCCGUUCGUCUGAGAGGAUAAAAAACCCAGAAGACAAUAUCUGAAUGUAUAUUAUAUACCUACCUGAUAAAAUAAAACUUAAUUGUUUGUUUUU